CUUAUCUGUUUUCUUGAGAUAAAACUAAUCGAAAUAGAAAAAAGUCUAACACUUUGUGAAAAAAAUGGGAGAAACCAUUUCUGAAGCUUCAUCCUCAGAAUCUAAAUUGAAGAAUCAAGAAGAUAGUUUCUACCUUUAUAUACAUCCUCAAGAGUUACACUUUCCACUUGAGUUGAAGAAAAAUAUCUCAUGCUCUUUGCAGUUGUGGAACAAGUCAGAUAAUUAUUUGGCUUUCAAGGUUAAGACUACAAUUCCUGAGAAAUAUUGUGUUAGGCCUAAUAUUGGAGUUCUGUUGCCUACGUCUAUUUCUGAUAUUACAGUUACAAUGCAAGCCCUAGAAGAGGCACCUCCUGACAUGCAAUUGAAAGAUAAAUUUAUCCUUCAAAGCAUAGUUGCAAGGCCUGGAUCAACCACUAAAGAUAUCACUUCAGAUAUGUUUAAUAAAGAUUCCGGAUAUGAAGUUAAAGAGUCCAAAUUUAGAGCUGUUUGUGUUGCUCCUCCUCCUAAUUACCCACCAUCACCAGUUCAAGCAUCUGGCUCUUCAGAUCAGAUCUCUGUCUAUUUAAGAUCAUUGCUAGUGAGAGGGCCAUCAAAGUUCCAGGCAAAGCCAAAUAUUUCAGAGUUAAUCGCAGAGAGAGAAUUUCUUAAGGAAUUAUAUAAAAGGCAUCAAGAAGAACUGGAGAGAAACGUUGUUAUUGAGAAAAAUAAAAAGCUUGAGCCCAAGAACUGAAUACCCUGAUUGUGAAGUGUGAGGCCAAAGACGAUUGUUGUUGUAUAUUGUAGAUAUCUUGAUGAAAUUAUCAUGGUCGGUUAUGAGGUAUAAGACAUGUAAUAAUAUUAUUUUAAAAAUAAUAUAUACUCCCAACUCUAUAAAAUGAGUUUAUCUCUCUUCAAAAGAUAUAUGCUCAUUAAAUAAAGAGGAUCGUAACUCCAUAAUACGACAUAUAAUAUAACGAUUGUACUUGUUGAUUGGAUUACUCUUGAAGUUGCCAACAAAGUAAUAAAAAAUUGUGCUAUUUGUGUUGUUA